AUGCUUCCUGUCUGGGAGAAGCAGCACCUCUUCCGGCCAACCAAGCGGAGGUGGCGUGGCUGCCGAGUCUCGCCGCUCCUCAUCCUCCCACUCCUCGCGUGUGGCUGCAUCACCUUCACGCUGCUUCGGGUUCUGUUGGAAUCCAGCGCGGAGCCGGAGGACGCUGCGAGGCCGGAUCGGGAGGUGCCGCUGCCUCCGAGCCUGCCGCUUUCGGCGAUGACUCACUCGGAUGCUCUUGCCGCCAUGUAUGCGGCGAGCGCCCUCGGCGCGGCUAGGAGCGCGGCCCAGGCAGCCCAGGCUUGCGGACAGGGAGCGAUACGCUACACGCUCCUCGCCGUCGCCGACCAGGACGAGCGGGCCGUCAACCACUCGUCGGGCGCGCCUUAG